AUGGCACGUACAAAGCAAACAGCCCGAAAAUCCACUGGUGGUAAAGCACCAUGUAAACAGUUAGCAACCAAAACUGCUCGUAAGAGUGCACCUGCCACUGAAGGAGUUAAAAUACCUCAUCUUUACAGGCCAGGUACCGUAGUUCUUCGUGAAAUUAGACGUUACCAGAAAACUAAUGAAUUACUUAUCAGAAAACUAACUUUCCAACGUCUUGUCCGUGAAAUUGCACAAGAUUUUAAAACAGAUUUACGUUUUCAAUGUUCUGCAGUUAUGGCUUUACAGGAAGCGAGUGAAGCAUAUUUGGUAAAUUUGUUUGUAGAUACCAAUGUAUGCGCUAUUCACGCUAAGAGAAUCAAUAUUAUGCCCAAGAACAUUCAGCUAGCAAGGAGAAAACCGACUGGGUUUUACGUAAUAAUGUGCUGGUAUUAA